CCGUCCACCUACUAUUGAGAAUGGAGACAUAACUACUUUCUUGGAAAAAGGAUACACAUCUGGCUCCUUUGUAGAAUUCAAAUGCCAACUAUUUUAUGCAAUGGAAGGACAGAACAGAUCUUUUUGUGACAAUGGGAAUUGGACAAAAGCACCACUUUGUUUAGAGCCAUGUGCUAUCUCAGUGGAAGAAAUGGAAAACCAGAAGGUAGAGCUGAAUGGGAGACCAAAUGAGAAUAUAUCGCAACGGGUGUACCUAAAACGUGGUGAUUUUCUUGAGCUUCGCUGCAAACCAGGAUAUGUACUUGCAACUAAUUUAUCUCAAUCUACUUUUAUGGUGCAAUGCAAUGGAAAUCCAAUUGUCUAUCCAGAAUGCAAAGCACCGUGUAGUCUCACAAAACAGCAACUGGAGACCAAAAAUCUGCUUCUGUCCAAUAGGCGAAGACAUGCACAAUUGAUUCAGAGUGAGCACACACUGGAAUUUAUGUGCAGUGAAGGAUAUAUCCUCACAAUCCCUUCAGUCAGGAAGUGUGUUAAUGGGCACAUGGACUUGCCUUCAUGUAUCUCUGAAACAGGAAAAAACUGUAGCCGUCCACCUACUAUUGAGAAUGGAGACAUAACUACUUUCUUGGAAAAAGGAUACACAUCUGGCUCCUUUGUAGAAUUCAAAUGCCAACUAUUUUAUGCAAUGGAAGGACAGAACAGAUCUUUUUGUGACAAUGGGAAUUGGACAAAAGCACCACUUUGUUUAGAGCCAUGUGCUAUCUCAGUGGAAGAAAUGGAAAACCAGAAGGUAGAGCUGAAUGGGAGACCAAAUGAGAAUAUAUCGCAACGGGUGUACCUAAAACGUGGUGAUUUUCUUGAGCUUCGCUGCAAACCAGGAUAUGAACUUGCCACUAAUUUAUCUCAAUCUACCUUUACGGUGCAAUGCAAUGGAAAUCCAAUUGUCUAUCCGGAAUGCAAAGAAAUUAGAUGCGAUCCUCCGACAGUGGCUAACGGAACCUACCACCCCAAAAAGAGUUUGUUCAGAGAAUUGGAAGCAAUCAGAGUAGACUGUAAUCAAGGAUUUCACUUUGAAACGGACAAUAAGGACAGGAGAGCAGAAUGCACAAAGAAUGGUUGGUUACCUAUUCCAAGAUGUAUCUUGAGACCCUGUGACUACCCAAAUAUAGAAAAUGGAGCAUUAACUGAAUAUUAUGAAACUUACAAAGAACGAGCCUUUCCAGCACAGUUAGGCGUGGGAAUUUACUACAGAUGUCUUGAUGGUUACGUAUCUGAAAGAGAGGAGAGGUGGCUUCUGAUCAGAUGUACUAAAGAGAGCUGGUCUCCUGCGCCAAAAUGUCUUAAAAAGUGUUCUCCUGGUCAUUUGGAAAAUGGUAGAUUUCUGUAUAGCUAUUGGAAAACCUACAAAGAAGGUGAUGAAAUUUCAUAUGUGUGUUCUCCUCAUAAUCUGGAAACCAAAGUUACAUGCACAAAGAAUGGCUGGUCACCUACUCCAACAUGUACUUCUACCAAAAUCUGUGAAAAAGUUGAGAUACAGAAUGGUUAUUUCUCUGAAAGUAAGAGCAGAUUUAAUUUAAACGAGGAAGCAACAUAUGGGUGUCAGAUUGGUUACAUGACUCCAGAAGGAAAAGUGAUGGGGAAGACACAGUGCCUUCAAGAAGGAUGGACUCCUUUACCAAAGUGCAUUAAAACAUGUGAAAAGCCUCGUUUCGAGCAUAUUAAUUUCUGCACAACUCAAAUGGUGUUUCUGCCUGAAGAAAUACUGGAAUAUGAAUGUGCGGAUGGAUACCAAACUGUAAAUAAAAUCACAACAGGUUAUACAGUGUGUGGCGUAAAUGGAUGGACUCCUGAGCCCCAGUGUCUUGCCAUAGAAUGUGAAAUGUUGACAUUGUCCAAAGGCUCAGUUUCCCCCCCGAAAGGUAAAUACGAUAAUGGAGAUGUGGUAACUUUUUCCUGUGCAAAAAGUCACAAAAGAGUGGGACCUGACUCCUCUCAAUGCUAUUACUUUGGAUGGUUCCCAGCAUCUCCGACAUGUAAAGAGGAAACCAAAGCUUGUGGAGAACCACCCAGCAUUACCAAUGGGAAUAUUAUCAGUGAACUUCAUGAGAACUAUCAGCAUGGUGACUCAGUGGAAUAUGACUGUGACCUCAGCUUUAAAAUUAUUGGAUCAAGAAAAAUAGAAUGUAUUGAUGGGGAAUGGACAUCUUUACCUUCUUGCACAGAAGAGGAAAAAACCUGUGGACUACCACCCCUUAUUACCAAAGGGAGAGCUGUCAAUAUAGACCGUCAUCAGUACAGUCAUGGAGAUACAGUGGAAUAUGAAUGUGAAAAAAACUAUGUAAUGGUUGGGCCAAAUAAAGGGAAGUGUCUUAGUGGAGAAUGGAUAUCUUUGCCUUCGUGUGCUGAUCAAUCUGCUACAUGUGAACUUCCAGACAAUUUUGAGAAUAUAAUCAUUUUACAAACUCCCACCAACAAAAAGAGCUAUAGGCACAGAGCACCUAUAAUGUACAAAUGUAAAACAGAUGGCACAAACUUUAUACAAACAACUUGUAAAUAUGGGGAAUGGACACCCAAAAUUGACUGCAUAGAAAGAAAAUGCCCACCUCCACCUCAGCUCCCGGGUGCCAUCAAGAUCACAGAGACACGAAACUAUGCGAGUGGUGAAAAAAUAGCUUUUACGUGCCUAGAGCAUUUUGAACACCAAGGAGUGAAAGAAAUAAUGUGUGAAAAUGGGAAGUGGCAAUCACCACCGCACUGUGUUGAAGAAAAAUUAUGUUUCCAGCCACCUUCCAUAGCAAAUGGUGAGAUUCUCAGUCUAGAAAAUCAGAACUUAAGACAGGAGCAAUCAGCAACAGUGACUUAUCGGAAUGGUACCAUGUUAACGUACAGUUGCAACUCUGGCUUCAUGUUACGUGGACUACCUGAGAUAAUUUGUAAGGCUGGAAGAUGGACCUCAGCUCCUACAUGUGUUGAAAUGCCAUGUACAGGUGUUCCAAAUAUUAUCAAUGCUCAGAUUGAAGACAGAGAGAAGCAUAGUUAUAAGCCUGGUGAAACAGUACGUUAUCAAUGCCAUCCUGGUUUUACCAUCAGUGGACCAUCAGAAGUUACGUGUAAAGCAGGGAAGUGGUCCACACAACCUGUAUGUAAAGAUGCAACAUGUAGCGCUCCACGUAAAGUUCCCAAUGCUGAUAUUGUAAAUGAUAAGGAGGGAAGGUAUCUGCCUGGUGAUAGAGUGCAAUAUAAAUGUAGGGAAGGAUUUGAAAGUAUGGAAUUGAAUUAUGUAAUUUGUGAAGAUGGAGAAUGGUCACAACCACCAAUUUGCAAAGAUAUGAGAUGUGGACCUGCACCAGAGAUUUCUGAUGGUAGGAUUCUAGGUGCUAGGCAGCGAAGGUAUUUUCCUGGUGAUAGAGUACUUUAUCGAUGUACACAAGGUCUGAGCCUUAUUGGGUCUCCGAUGGUAAUAUGUAAACAAGGGAAGUGGUCCCAACCACCAGAAUGCAGAGAGGCUGCUGGAAAGUGUGGGCCCCCACCUACGACUGAUAAUGGAGACACCAUUGUCUUUGCACAGCCAGUAUAUGAAUCAGGUUCAAGAGUGGAAUAUAGAUGCAAAAGUUUACACAUAAUGAGCGGAUCUCAAUAUGUUCACUGCGAGUCUGGCCAAUGGACAAACCCACCAGUUUGCUUAGAGCCAUGUAUAGCAUCCCUAGAAGAGAUGGAGAAAAAUAAUAUUGAGCUGAAAUGGAGGGGGACCACUAAAUUGUAUACAGAAAGUGGAGAUGUUAUUGAAUUUAACUGUAAAAGGGGAUAUGAAAGGGAUCCAACAUCUUCUGCCUUUAGAGUACAGUGUAUGGAGGGGAAAUUAGCAUAUCCUAAAUGUAAGAGAAGAGGUACUUCAGGAUGAAUAAAAAGAAGAAUCAAACAGAUAAUUUUAACUCUGAUCUGAGGAUCAAAAUCCAUUGACCAAUUAUUUGUAAUGUUCACAUAUUAUGUCCUUUGUCAGUAUUUUAGCUUAAAUUGAUUAUAUGUAUCAGUUCAAUACCUUUUUUAUCAUUGUUAACAAUGGUUUAAAAUAUACAAUCAUAAAAUAGUAGCAACAGAUGGGCAAAUAAAUUCAAAUUCAGAUCAAACUACAGCUUUUUAUGAUAUUUGGAAAAAGAAACUUUAAGGGGAAUUGUACAUAUCUGCACAUCCUGAAUUACACACUUCUUGCUCGCUGAAACAGAAAGCAGCAGUAUUUCCCUCUGGCCCAAAUCAGGAACUCCAGGAAGUCUCAUUAGAAACAUUAAUCUUGAGAGAUUUUUAGCCUAAUCACCACAUCAGAAAGUUUGGGAUAUGCAUGGAGGCUUUUUUGGAGUUCUGCCCAUCACUAUUAGCUGUUGGUGAUCAUUCUUCCAAAUGUUUUAGGCCAUGCAACCAAAAAAUGAUCCUGUCAUUUAGCACAGUUGUACUGAAAACAUUGACUUCUCUGGUUAAAGUUGAAAUUCAUAGCGUCUUUAAUUUUAAAAGGGAAAAAUAAUUAAGAUUUGUAUGAUUAAUUUAC